AUGAGCUCCCUCAGUGCAGCAAACACCAAGUUCUGCGUGGACUUCUUCAAAGAGCUGAGCAACAUAAAAGGAAAUGAAAAUAUCUUCUUCUCCCCACUGAGCAUCUCAGUUGCUCUGAGCAUGGUCCAGAUGGGUGCCAGAGGCAACACAGCCAAAGAGAUGGAAAAGCAUGAAGAAGCUGGAGGAGCCCAUUCUGAGUCCCAGGAACUUCUGUUUGCCCUUGGCAAAGCUGGUGACGCGUGUUCCCUCAGCAUUGCCAACAAGCUCUUUGGAGAAAGGACUUUUCGGUUCCUUCAGCAAUAUUCAGAUUCCAUGAGGGCCUUGUACCUUUCGGAGCUGGAAGCUGUGGACUUCCUUAAUGCUGCUGAACGGUCCAGAAGAAAAAUUAAUUCCUGAGUGGAAAAGCAAACCGGUGGGAAAAUUAAAGAUCUGUUACCUCGUGGAUCUAUAGAUCACACAACAGUGCUAGCUCUGGUCAACACUAUAUACUUUAAAGGGCAAUGGGACAAAAAAUUUAAGAAGGAAAUCACCAGGGAAAUGCCUUUCAGGCUGAACAAGAGAGAGCACAGGAAUGUACAGAUGAUGUGUCGGACAGGAUCUUAUAAAUUAGUCCAGAGACAAGAAGAGCAAAUUACUGUGCUGGAGCUCCCAUACACUGGAAAAGAGCUCAGCAUGUUCAUUCUUCUGCCAGAACACAUCCGUGAUGAGUCUACCGGCCUCGAACAGCUAGAGAGUUCUAUCACCUAUGAGAAAUUAGCAGAAUGGACCAACAUGGAGAAUGUGCAUUGGCAAGAAGUCACAGUAUACUUGCCCCGGUUCAGAAUGGAGGACAUCUGUGAGCUCAAGCCAGUACUGCAGACUCUGGGGGUGAGGGAUGCUUUCAUCCUUGACAAAGCUGAUUUCUCUGGGCUGUCAAGAGAAUCUGGGCUGUUCCUCUCCAAGGCCAUCCACAAAUCCUUUGUGGAAGUUAAUGAAGAAGGCACUGAGGCGGCAGCUGCUUCUACAUUUUUACUUGUAGCAGAACAAUGCUCCUGCAUUCCUUACGAGUUCAGAGCUGACCGCCCAUUCAUCUUCUUGAUCAAACACAAUCUGAGUAAGAAUAUUCUUUUCUUUGGUCGAUGCUGUUCCCCAUAA